CACGCUCUUCGCCUUCACGGUACGCGAGCAAACAGCAGCUUGUUUGGCCCUUCUCAACAUCCGUAGUAUGUUAUUCGGUGUAAAUAUGGCUGCUGCUGUUUAGGACGUGUGUCUGUUCUGAAUCUUCAUUGUCGGCACAGAAUCCCACAAUUUUCCUGGCAGAAAAUCGACGUCCUGCCAUGAGCGACAGUGACGAUGACAUACCCCGGUUGUCCGCGGCUACCCUCGCAACGCUGCGGGAGUUUUACGCCGAGCAGCAGUGCGACCCCUCCGAAGAAGCCGCACCGGUAGACAAAUUUUCGGUCGGAGCGGUGCAGGAGGACUGGCGCAUGAGUCAGUUUUGGUACAGCGACGAGACUGCGGAACGGCUGGCCGAGGAACUCGCACAUGAAGCAGGCAAAGGAGGCAGAAUAGCUUGCCUGAGUACCCCCAGCGUUUACCAAAAACUGAAGCAACAGGCUGUGGAUGCAUCUGUGGUGCUUCUGGAGUACGACAGUCGCUUCUCUGUCUAUGGUGAUGAGUUUAUCUUCUACGAUUACACCAACCCCCUGUGCUUGCCGGCCCACAUCAACGGCCAGAGCUUUGAUAUCGUCAUUGCAGACCCACCAUAUCUGUCCCAGGAGUGCCUCAGCAAGGUGGCCCUCACCGUCAAGUUCCUUAGCAAGGGGAAGGUGUUCUUAUGCACAGGAGCCAUCAUGGAGGACGAUGCAGCAAAGUUGCUGGGUGUCAAAGUCUGUAGUUUUCUACCUAAACACAACCGGAAUCUGGCCAACGAGUUCCGCUGUUUUGUCAAUUACCCAUCCCGGCUGGACUCCUGAUGUCUGUUAUGGAUAUUUCUUUUUGAUAUACUAUAUCCAAAUAAUACAUGGUAAUAUUUUAAAAGUAUGUAAAUAUUUUCCAUAAUAGAGAUUAAUCUUCUGCUAAAUUUUAAAGGAAAACUCUGUUAUGUGCCUUGUGUUAUCCCACAUAUUAACUGGUUAAAUAUGUUCCAGAGCUUUCUCUACAGACUAAUUUUUCAUACCUUUGAACGCCUAUGGUGGUACCUGUUAAAAUAGAAUUCUACACUAUUAUUGUUCUACUGUUUCACUUGUCAAACAUAAGUCAAUAGCAAUCCAACUUUAGGGCCUGAAUACUCCUGUUGCACGCCACAUUCUCAUAUCUCAAACCCAUAUACUUUAUCUUUAGCUCACUGACUUCUCUCAGAUGAAGAAGAAACCGUACGUGCUUCACCAGACCACUGUUUGUGACUCAAAAGCACAAGACAAUUUACAUUCAUUACACAAUAUCCACAUUUGUAUCACACUUGAUAUAAUUUCUUUAGAAUUCAAUGUACAACAGUUGACUGACCUGUGGUUAUGGGAGGUUAAAACUAGUAUGGGAAGGAAAAUGAACAAUGAAUAAAUAAUAAACUUGUUCAAUUGCAAAAUGUUA